UAAGAUUUUUUUGUCCAUCGCACGUUGUUGUUGAACUACAUGUACACAAUAAAAUGUAAAAUACAAUGUAAAAUCAGGAAUUACACAAGACUCAUUGUGCCAUGGCAGCCAAGGAAGAGGUAAAUAGUACAACUAUUGAUGCAAAGACUGAAGAGACGCCGGAAAACUCGACGACGGAGGACGCGCCGACCAGCCUAGAGACCAUCCCCGAGGGAAACGCAGUGCGAAAUGAACUUCAGACAGCGCCGAAGGAUAAGUCAAAGAUUGAUAUACUGCUGAAAGCCACCGCCAACGCUCCGAUCAUGAAGCAGAAGAAGUGGUCGGUCAGUCAAGACAAUCCCAUCGGGCGGAUCUCCGAAUUCAUAAAGAAGUACCUGAAGCUGGAUCCAAACGAGAGAUUGUUUCUCUAUGUCAAUCAGACGUUUGCACCCGCUCCCGAUCAGACGGUCAAGAACUUGUACGACUGCUACGGCGCCGAAGGAAAGCUGGUCAUACAUUACUGUAAAAGUCAAGCAUGGGGCUGAGGUUCGUUGAAGUUAGCUUGCCGACGUUAAUUUUUUCCGACAAAAAAUAAUAUAUAAAUAUUACAGAUUGACAGGAAA